CUAAACCUCGGGAUGCUUCUAUCUUCAAGCCUCAGAUUCUUAAGCUCAAAAUCUGGUCUAUAUGCAUUGCUUCCCCCUAUGCUUCUAAUUUCUUGCUCUUCUAUAUAAACCUCUGGAUCCUAACCAUUAUGUAAAACCCAUCACUACAUAAUCUUCCUACCAUCUUGUGUUCUUUAAGAUGGAAAGAAAUCAAUUGUUGAGGCAGAUGAACAGCAUGAGACAAUCAUUCUUUGAUCAGUUUCUACAGGGCUUCCUUGAUGAACAAUUUGUCCAGUUGGAAGAGCUGCAAGAUGAAGCUAACCCAAAUUUUGUCGAGGAAGUUGUAACUUUAUGCUACCGUGAUUCAUAUAGAUUAAUCCUCAACUUAGAACAAGCAUUACAAAAGAGCCCUCUUGACUUUAAUCAGUUAGAUAGCUAUAUCCAACAGUUCAAGGGAAGUAGUUCAAGUAUUGGAGCAAAAAAGGUGAAUGCUCAAUGUACACUUUUUAGAGAAUACAUUAAGGCUGGAAGUGGAGAAGGAUGCUUUAGGACUUUUCAUCAACUGAAGAAAGAACAUACAACUCUGAAAAGGAAGUUUGAAGCUUAUUUUCAGAUCAAAAGGCAAGCUGGUCCAAGUCAAAUUGCGAGUCGUCCCAAGUAAGAAAUGAUGGGGAAUCAAAGGCUAAGACUUCAAAGUUUAGUUGUUAAUUAAGUUUGGUAGAAUGUUUAUGAAAAUCAAGCAGAUUCAGUGGGAACUGAGGCCUUGGGAUUGUAUAUACGUUUCAAUUUCAAAGCUGUCUUAACUUUCUUGGUCAAAUGGGAAGUAAGCAAGUCUUUGCCUUCUUGUGAAUGGCUGUCUAAUAGACUGAAAAAUGGUCUUGAUGUGAUCAAUUGCUUAGAAUCAAAGUGCUUAAUUUUGAGUAUAGUGUAAUCCUCUAUUAUGAAUAAUUAACCGUGGUAACUAGUUCUAAA